AUGUACUCCACGCUUCUGCUCUGCGUCUUCCUAUGGGACAAAAUGUGGAUAAUCUUGGUUGUACUUUUCGUUCUCCUCAACUUUCUCCACGCCCUGAAUGAAAAUUUUCAAGGACGAGGUCAUAGCAAUGAUACUAGUUCAAGCGGGAUCUACAACAACGACAAUCCACGGACUCGUUCUGGAGAUUCCAACGGCGCUGUGGAAUCUCCGGAGCCUCAAACUCCGCGAAGAGAAUGGCUCUCUCCCAGUGAUGAAGAAGAGCUAUACUCAGAUCUCGAAAGGUCUACAGAAGCGACGGUCGCCGAAGAGGAUGAUUUCAUUAGUUUCGUGAAUGAUCCAGUGCCUCAAACACCACACUUCCAUAUGUUAGGCGGCGAGCCGAGUAGUCAAGGGGAUCACCCGCCAACCGCCCAUAGAUCCAUGAACACCCCAGUAUCUCGAACGCCGUAUCGAGGUUAUGACUUUGAUGACCUAAAGAUCCUGUUCUUCAAGCUUGAUCCUGCCAAUACGAACAGCCAAGCAGACACUGAGCUUUCUGAACUCAUACUCUCCUCGCCCGGCGAACCCAUUGACCUUGACGGUGGAACCAUGCUGAUUACCUCCCUGAAAGACACAAACAACAACGGCCGUAAAGUCGAAUUUCGCAUGUCUCCACUCCGCGGAAAACAUGACGUUGUCCUUGUCUACACUACAGAGGGGGUUCUAGCAGCACGCAUCCCAAAUAUGCAGCUGAAGGAGUCACGAGCAUUCAUCGACGAUACAAUCACCAAGCUGCAGAGUCUCGCAGAGUCAAGUGUACCCAGUCCAAAGACUAUAUCCUGGCUCCGUACCAAUUGCGAGGUCGGCCUAUCUCAAAUCCCUCCCAUGAAAGUCUGUUUCAUCAUAACAAACAACGACGGUGCUGUCAUUCGCGGAUCCAGGAUCCUGAAUGGAAUUCCUCGAAAUACGUAUACAGUGUUUUCGGGAGGGUUUCGAUCCGUACGUUUUGCCUUUGAUACAUAUUUCAAAUUGAAGGGGCAAGAUUUCACAGAAUUAAGAUCUAGUCAUCCUGAAUCUGGACGGUUGAGCAAGAAAAAACAUAAAUUGAAUGGGGAGAGAGGCCUGUUGAUUACCUGCCCUAGACUAGCUCAUGGACUUGAGGGAGGUAUAUUUGUUAGAGACGAGGAUGGGCAGACGUGGAAUGAGUAUGCGACUUUGUAG